ACCACCAGGAUCCUGAAGGAAGUAUGGGGAACCGCAGAAGCCUCUCAGAAACCCUGUGAAAUGAGCCACGCCAGGGACUUUCAGAAGCUUCCAUGCGGGAGAAGUGGGGACCAGAGGCGGUCAGAACGAGAACUGACAGAAAACAUCGGGCUUCCAGUGAAUCUGCUUGAGAAACAUGACCUGUGGCCCGCCUAUGUCACGUACACAUCCCCGCUGGUGAAAAGACUGAUUGAGAAAAGCAAAGCCAGAGACCUGGAACGCUUGCAAACGGCCGAGGAGAGCCGGCCGACAUGCAGGCAGAGCAAGCCUCCCAGCGUCACCCAGCUGAAAAGGAGAAAGUCCUCCAAGCCCUCAGGCAACAUGACGUUCAAGGACGUGAGGUCAGAGACCACGCGCUCGGGGUGGGGCCCUUUCCCCAUGUCGGCCAUGGGUCCCCCCGUGGUUCCAGAGCGCUCCCGCUUCCACGCGGAUGCCAGGGCAAGUCCCACCGCCGACUACAACAAGAUCAUCUUCUCCCGGAAGCCGAGGACGAGGAUGCUUCCAUACCGCCCACUGCUGGCCGGCGAGGAGAAACACCCCGACGUUUAACGGGGAGUCCCUGCAGCCGCCCCCCAAGCUUGUACAGCAGUUAAGGGCCAUUUGCCACACAUUUCGUGACGGCCUUUGCGUUGGGACUUGCCUCUGCUCGGGCAGAGGUCGGCUGAGAGCAACCAGAUGGAAUGUGGGCCAUGGAGGGGGUGAGGGCACCCCGUCUGGCAGUGCAGUCAUGUGCGGGGGGGAAGCCCCAGGCUCUAGAUCCUGCCAUAGAUGCUUCGGACCCAGCUGGGGGUGAAUCAGUCCUGGUCCAGGCAGGAGACAGCAAUCACACCAGAGAUCCUUUGAUAGAAAGAAUUUCUAGCCAGAUAGCUGCAAAGGCAGGAAGAGGGCACAGAGAUGUGGAUGGAGGGGGCGCCCGCAGGAAGCAGGCUGGGGGGACGAAGAGAAGAUGUGAGCUCGUUAAGAGUUAGACACUCGGAGAAGGGGCAGGUGGGCUGCAUCUCAGAUCCCAGACGCUGGUGUCCUGAGCUCGCAGGAGACCCCUUUGGGGGUGGCAGCCCCGCCUCUGAGGAGGGGGAGCUGUUUGGCUGACGGACACCCCGAAGCGCGUUCUGAGAUUGUUGGGAAAACCAAAAUGGGACUCAAAUAUUUGUUUCUGGAAGGAGUUGACACCGUCCAAGUGAACGAGAAUUGCUGGGGGAAACAGAAAGCGACAGGAAGCCAACAGAGGUAAACAGGAAGCAAAUCAGGAGCGAGUUCCUUCUUCCUCCUCCAGCCUCCAGACUCCCUCUGGCCCUUCUGAUGGGCAGAGCCUCACCGGGAGGGGGGCAGAAAUGUGAUUUGCAGGAUCCCAAACCCUGCAUCUCGAAGCAGAGUGCAAAAGGAUGGGCUUGGAGCCAAGGGAAGAUGAGCUCGUUACCUGCCCGGUGGGGUUCUGGGCGAUCCCACCUUGCUGCCCCACUUGGCACCUGGACCUGGUAUUGGGAUGUUUGUUCCUUGGAGGGUUUACAAAGUGGCAGUGGCGACCCGGGCGUCCCCUGCUGAGAAAUGGAGGAUUUUUCUCCCCUGUAGUUCUUUAAGGCUUGUGGAGCUUAGUUGGCUGGGGGAGAGGUUCCCGGCUGGACCCCAGCUAUGCUUUGUCAGACGCAGCUGGCGUUGGUCCACCCAUGUUCUGAGCUGUUCCCACUUGGCCUCAAAGCAAACGAUGCUGUACUCAGUCUGGACGCAGAAGACUUUGUCUUUAGACACAAAGAGGAUCGAGUUAUGACAGGCAGACCACAUGGUCUCAGGCUUGGGGCUUGUCUGCUGAGCAUGGCCUCAUUGGUAGCAUCUCUCUUCUUUGCCCUCACCUGAGUUUCUCUGCUUAUAUUUGUGAAGCAGUUAAUACUCACCCUGUUUCCCUCACGGAGACGUAGAGGAUGCAAUGUGCUAGUUGCUGGAAGAGGCUGAAUUUGCCCUACGAACGUGUUCGCUGCAUCCAGGAGUCGUGCAGAAACGUUUGGACUCCACGCUGGCUGCUGUGAGCUGUGUAGAAGCUGCACGAAUUAGGAGCUCCAGACCCAUUCCUGGGUUCCCAGCUCUUGGCCAGAAUGAAUUUUUGCAAAAAGAAUAGGUGAUUUCCAGUGAAUCUGAAUGACUGUAUUUGGGUCCACGGAACAUUUAUAAACAUGGAGUCUGGUGAUAAAUUCCCAGUGAGAAUUUUUCUCUCUUCUAUCCUUUUAUGGGGGUUUAUAGCCAGAGUAUGUUUGGGAAGCUAUGGAUUAUAGAUCCUCAUCGUGUUAGUGUUUGCAGGGAUUUGGGGUGAUUUCUUUCAAUUCCUUUGAAGGCAGAGUAGU